ACUAGUAGGAUACUCUACCUACGCCGCCGCUGGUCGAAAUCGCUUCGGCGCACACGCAGCGGAACAGGAAGUGCCGAAUGGCGCGAGGAAUCAGUUUUUCAGUACACCACACUCCUUCCUCCGUGGUACACCAUCAUUCGUUUGCAGCCUGUGUCGCCCAACGUGCCUGACUGGCGCUGUCGAGCAAGUUCCCCACACUCGCAGUCACAGGGACUUGGAAAAAACUGAGCCACAAAGCAAGUCCCAGUGCAAGUGCAGUCGUGGCUGCGCCUAGGCCGUCAGUGCUACCCGCGCGUAAAAUGUUUCAGCCAUCCCGCAAGACUGGAGGCACUAGCCCACUGGGAGCCUCUGUUGCAGGUGCAACAAAUUCACAAACAACCUUCAGCUUCGUUCCCGCAGUGCCUUUCAAGUUCACUGCACCACCUGUGGAAAGUGCCCCCAGGCCAAAUACCCCUACACCACAGUUGAUCAACUUGGAGAAGUAUCUGGACAGCGCUGUGUUUGCGGACGUGGAGUUUGUGGUGCAGUCCGAGAGGUACAUGCUCAGCCGCACCAUCCGAGCCCACAAGCAGUUCUUGGCCAUGAGGAACGACGUCUUCGGCACCAUGUUCUUUGGCAGUCUGCCCGAAAAAGACAAGGUGUGCAUCACCGACCUGCACCCCAGCGGCUUUUACGGAUUGCUCAGGUACCUCUACUGCGGCACCUGCGAACCCGACUCUUUUGAAGAGGCCAUUCACAUUCGGGAAGCUGCAGACAAGUAUCUCGUGCCCGACCUGGUUGCAGUCUGCUCCAAGUACAUUAAGGAGAACAUGUCUCCUGACAGAGUCUGUCCCCUCCUGGACUGUUUGGCCACCACUGACAUUGACCGGGUGGACAAUGCUGCUCUUCAGACGCUCAAGAAUGAUGGUCUUUCCGUGCUCAAUUCAGAAUCGUUCACUGAUGCGCUCGACAGCACGGUGGAGAGUGUGCUAAAAGUUGUGCGAGGUGUGCCCGAGAGUUGCAUCUUCCUUGCCAUCCGGAGGUGGGCAGAAGAGAAAUGCCGAAAGUCUCUGUCGACCAGUGAGACGCCAUUGGAACUAAAAGCAGUCCUUCGGCCUUUUCUGCCCAAGUUGCGCUUUUUAGCCCUUACGCCGCAGGAGUAUGUCCAAGGUCCCGGUUCAUGGAAUGUGCUUGAGGACCAAGAGGAUUUCGCCAUCCUCAGAAACAUCAUUGUCCGUGGUUCUGUCCCACUGCCUCUAUGGGUCUGCACUGACGAUACAGUUCGUGGACAGUUGAUUCUUAAAGAUUUAUUUGAGAGGCCAAUGGCCAUUAUGAAGAAAGAAGUUGACUCAGUGGCCGAUGGUAAUGAAAAACUAAAAUGACAACACAGCAAGGCUAUUUUCCACCAGACAGUGCCUGUGGUAUAUAAGUGCUUGUUUUAAUAAAUUUGACAAGCUAUCAUUGA